CUUCUCUUCUUGUCAAUUCUUUUCUUCUCUUAUCUUCUCUUCUUUCUCUCGUUUCUGUUGUUGCCACGUUUAUUUAGGUCGGAACUUUAGAUAAUAUCCAUUAAUGUCGAACUAAUCGGAAUCGACAAACUCGUCAAUGUCACCUUGCGCUGCCGCUCGAAUUUGUAAGUGUGGUGUUUCUCCAAAGUUGAAUGCUUCUUGGACCCAACUAAACCCAGGUCGUAGGUUUUUUGCUUGCAAAAUCGGAAAGAAAAAGGGUGGAUGUGAUUAUUUCUGUUGGUAUGAUGAUGAGAUGCCUAUUCAAGUAAAGAAAAUAAUUUGGGAUUUAUUAAAGAGAGUCAAAGCUUUUGAAGAGGAGAAAGUUCAAGCAAAAAGAAGACUGAUCCUUUUGACGAUUGUUGUUGUAUUGUUGCUCGUUUAUGAAAACUGUAGGACUGAUACACUUUGGUUGUUUUAGAUGUUGUCGAUUAAUUUGGCUGCACUUUUGUAAUAUUAGCAGUGCUAUGUAAUGUUGGUGCUUCUGUUUUGAAACUACUGGUAUGAAAUGUUCUAUGUAAUCUUAGCACUGCUUUGUAAU